CAGGUGUUAAGUAGUGUCUGGGGUUGUUGGAACCAUUUAGUGGGAUUCUAAAAUAUUUGGUUUGGUUUAGCACAUAACAGCUGAAGGUGCAAGGGUAGAAACAGUUGAAUUAUGGCUGAUCUGGACAGCUACACUGGGGCCACCAGUGCCAGUACUGCCAUACAGUCACUCAGCAGGAUGUCAUUUCCUAGCCUAGAAGAAGACACCAUGGUGGCCCCCACUGAACUUCACAGCACCUUGCUUAAUGAUGCAGAAGAUGCUGAGAAAACUGAGGGAGAGGCUGCUGUUGUCAGUGGAGAAGGAGAGCAGGCUGGGGUCUCAGCAGAAGAACCUAUUGAUUUGAAACCCCUUAUUAAAAAACAAGUGGUACUUAGUGGCUUAAGAAGUGAGAUGUGGACACAGGAACAUGAUGUCAUCAUUGAUAAGUUUAUUGGAGACUGCACACAGAGAGCUGUCUCUGUCUACAUGGACCCUUUUGCUGGCCUAACAGUGGAGCUUGGGAUGCCUGCACAGAAAGUAGAUCAGAUAACAUACUUCAUCCGUAAGGAAGGAGCAAACCUUACCACAAAGAACUUCAUGCACGUGGUUCAGACUGGCACCAUACGAGGCAGCUACGUGGAGAGCCUUCUAAGGCUUAUGAAUGGCAUUUACACACCUCUCAUCUUCAACGCCACAUCUUGGCCAGAAAGUAUCAAGAACAACUUCUCUACACAUAUGCACAGGUUUCUGGCAUGCCUGACAGAUACUCGGUAUAAGUUAGAAGGUCACACAGUACUUUAUAUCCCAGUGGAAGCACUGAAGUUUAGCCGUGAAAAAGCUGCAAAGGACAAGGAGCUGGUUCAGAGACUGCAAACUGCUAUGAUCCACUGGAUACGUCAAAUCAAAGAAGUACUGAGUGCCCAGGAAGCAGUGGAGACUGGGGAGAAUGCUGGUCCAUUGGAGGAAAUAGAGUUUUGGAGGAACCGCUGUGCCGACCUGUCUGGAAUCAGCAAACAGCUGGACAAGCCUGGUGUGAAGCAUAUUGAGGCCAUACUGGAGCUAUCCAAGUCAUCAUAUGUCGCACCUUUUCAGAGACUGUCCAGACAGAUUCAGGAUGGUUCUCAACAAGCUCAGUCCAACCUAACUUUUUUAUCCAUCCUGAAAGAGCCCUGUGAGGAGCUCAAUCGCCUUAAGCUGGAAGAGAUACCAGACAAGUUGCCUCAUCUCCUUAGCCUGAUUCGUGUCAUCUGGGUCAACUCCCCUUAUUACAACAGCCGUGAACGACUGACAUCAUUAUUCCGCAAGAUGAGCAAUGACAUCAUCUGUAUAUGCUGUCGUGAGAUCUCAUUGGACAGAAUAUUUGACGGCUUUGUUCUCUCCAGUAAGAAGGUCCUUAAUAACUGUAUCCAGUGUUGCCAGGCUUGGAAAGAACAUUAUCUGCAUGCAGCCCUGCUUCAUCACCGAUUCUCUAAGAAAGGCUGGGUCUUAGAUCAGACCAGUAUAUUUGCACAGGUGGAUGCCUUUGUACAGCGCUGCAAGGACCUUCUUGAGGUCUGUGAAUGUCAGCAGCACUUUGCCAGAUGGGAAGAUGGUAACCAUAUUCAACUACCAUGCUUCUCAGGGCAUCGUGGACCACAGAUAACCCGCACUCUGCUGGAAAUCGAGGGCACCUUCGAAAAGAUCCUGCAGAACCUGAAGACAGUGAAAAAGGGGAUCCUGGAUGUGAAGAACACUUCCUGGCAUGAUGAUUACAAUAGGUUUCGUGCUGGUGUUAAGGACUUGGAGGUGAUGAUUCAGAACUUGAUUACCACUGCAUUUGAAACAGUAACAACAGUAGAGCAAGGUGUGGACCUAUUGGAUAUAUUCCAUCGCCUGUCUGCACGAGAGGCCAUUAAGCGCACUAUUGACAAAAAGACUGUGGAGGUGUAUGCACUCUUCAAUGAAGAACUUUCUUUAGUCAACAAAGAGUUGAGCAAGAAAGUCACUCAUAUGCCUCCACAAAUUUCCAACUAUGCAGGUCAAGCACGGUGGGCUCGUGCUUUGCGUCAUCGUAUUGAGAGACCCAUGGAGUAUCUCUUGAAUGCUCACUUCAUUCCCUCUAUUGGCAUUGGUGAGGAGACACGGCUUGCAUAUCAGCAGCUACUGCAGGUCCUGGAUGAAUUUGUGCGCAAGAUCUUUGCUGAGUGGACACAAAAUGUCGACCGUGAGAGUAUUAAACGGUUAGACACUCCACUUAUGAUUCGCAGUCAAGAGAAGCAUGGAAUGCUAGAUUUAAACUUUGACAAGAAUCUGCUAAAGCUCUUCCGGGAAAUCCACUACUGGGAGACACUGCUGUUUGAGAUUCCUCACUAUGUGGUUGAUGUGUACCAGAGGCGUGAGGAGCUGCGCAACCUGCGAGAGAAUGUACUUCUUGUUGUGCGGGACUACAACAGAAUAAUUGCAGCAUUGAGUCCAGAAGAAAGGGGGCUUUUCCGGGAGCGCAUCCGAUUCCUGGACAAAAAGAUCCAGCCAGGCUUAACAAAGCUACUUUGGUCCUCCAAAGGUGCUUCCAGUUAUUUCAUCAAUGAGUGCCGCUUGCAUGCCAGCAAGGUGCAGCUGAUUGUAGAUGAGUAUAAGGCAGCAAACCUGAUGAUCGCUCGUAGUGCCAAACAGAUCAGUGAGCUUCUUCUGGUGCUUAUUGAUGGCAAACGGGUUUAUAGAGACCUGGAGUUCGAAGGAGACCAGCUGGCACACAGGGAAAACAUCCAGCAGAAACUGAUACAAGUCCAUGAAGAAAUUGUUGGAAUUAUGAAACGCACAUUUGAAGUGUUCAGAAAUGAUGGACCUGAGGUUUAUCAACACUGGAUUAAUUAUACAGAGAAGAUGGACAAGAUUGUGGAAGAAGCUUUCCGGCUGAAUGUUAAGUGGUCUUUACAGGAACUCUCAAAAGCAAUUAAUGGAGAUACCAAGACCUCUCCCAACCCCCUGUUCAGGGUGAUGGUAGUACUACAGAAUAAUGUAGCUGGAAGCACAGGUCAGGUGGAAUUUUCACCAACACUCACAAAGCUGGCAGAUGUGGUCAACAGCCUCAGCAGUGAGGUCAUCCACACUAUUUCCAUCUUUCGGCACUUGCCAGACAUCCUGACGAAGAGGAAGUCCCAGAGGGAUCCUAUCUUCACCAUUGUGGAACGCGAUGAAGAAAUUAAGAAAAUCAGUGCACAGAUCAGUGCAGGCAUGGCGGCCAAUGCUAGCCACCUUCAAAAUUACCUGAAGACCUGGGACACGUACCGUGAAAUCUGGGAAAUCAACAAGGAUGCUUUCAUACGGCGCUACCAGCGUCUCAACCCACCUGUUUCUUCAUUUGAUGCAGAUAUUGCUCGGUACACAGAGGUGGCCAACAAUGUUCAGAAGGAGGAAACCAUGCUGACUAUUCAGUUUGUGUUGUUGGACUGCGCCCAUCUGAAGUUCUCACUAGUUGAGCACUGUAAUGAAUGGCAGAAUAAGUUUACCAGACUUUUGAGUGAGAUGGCAAGCAGCAGACUGAAGGACCUUCACUCCUUUCUUGAGGAGAAUGGUGACAGGGUCAGCAGAGUCCCACAGAGCUUGGAUGAGCUAGGGGAAAGCAUACAGUUACUGGAGAGCCUGCAAAGUGACUUGGCAAAGAUUGGGCAAAGAAUUCCUCCUAUCCAUGACCAGUUUACGAUCUUGGAGAAAUAUGAAGUUCCUGUGGAUGAAAUGGUUCGAAAGAUGUUGGAUUCAUUGAAUGGCAGCUGGCUUUCCUUCCAGCAGUGUCUUAUUGACAGUGAAGCCAUGUUGAAAAAGCAGAAAGAGAAGUUCAAGACCAGCUUACUCUUCUCUGCUGAGGACUUGAAGAAAAAAGUUCAUAUGCUGCAAGAAGACUUUGCUUCUAAAGGUCCCUUCAGCAGUACUGUUGGAUGUGAUCCUGCUCUUCAGCAUAUAGCUGUUUUCAAACAGCAGCUUGACAACAUGAAAACAGAAGAAAGUAGCAUUCGCUUUGGCCUGAGUAUCUUUAAAAUCGAUCAGCCAUCUUCAAAGGAAAUUCAGGUGCUGGAGAAGAAUUUGGAGUAUCUACAGCAGGCUUGGGAAAUCACAAAAGAGUGGGAAGGCUAUUGGAAUAACUGGAAAGCUGGAAGAUUUGAAACAUUGCAGACAGAUGUCAUGGAGACUACGGCUCAGAGUCUUUUCAAGAAACUCAACAAACUCAGCCGAGAAGUCAAGGAUAAGAAUUGGGAUAUUGUAGACACGUCAAAAAAUAAGCUUGAUCAGUUUAAGAGAACAAUGCCCCUGAUCACCGACCUUCGGAACCCUGCAAUGCGUGACAGACACUGGAGUCAAAUCAAACAACAUGUGCAACGCCUGUUUGACCAGACAAGCUUGGACUUCACCUUAGAGAAGAUCAUAGAAUUGGGACUUGAUCAGCAUAAUGACAAAAUCAGUGAGAUCUCUGUAGCAGCCAGCAAGGAGCUCUCCAUUGAACAGGCACUGGAAGGCAUCAAAAAUACAUGGGAAAACACUUCACUUGAUAUUGCACCUUACAAAGACAAAGGGCAUCAUCGGCUCAGGGCAACAGAUGAGGUAUUUCAGGCCCUGGAGGACAACCAGGUGAUCCUUUCUACAAUGAAGGCUUCUCGUUUUAUGAAGGCAUUCGAACGUGAAGUAGAUCACUGGGAGCGCUGUCUCUCCCUUAUUUUGGAAGUGAUUGAAGUGCUUCUCACAGUCCAGAGACAGUGGAUGUAUUUAGAGAAUAUUUUCCUAGGUGAAGAUAUUAGAAAACAGCUGCCCCGUGAGUCUUCAGAAUUUGAUGAUGUGAAUAGCAACUGGAAAACCAUCAUGGACCGUCUGAACAAGGACAAUAAUGCUCUGAGAGGCACUCACCAUCCAGGUAUGCUGGAGAAACUGUCGGAGAUGAAUACCAAGCUGGAGGAGAUCCAGAAGUCUCUCGACAUGUACCUGGAAACAAAAAGGCAGGUCUUCCCUCGAUUCUACUUCCUGUCCAAUGAUGAUUUGUUGGAAAUUCUGGGCCAGUCCCGUAACCCUGAGGCUAUACAGCCUCACCUCAGGAAGUGCUUUGACAAUAUCAAGUCUCUUAAAAUGCAAAAGAUUGGAGGCAGUGUAAAAUUUGAAGCUGCAGGCAUGUUUUCUUCUGAUGGAGAAUGUGUAGAGUUCACACAUCCUGUCCUGCUUGAAGGGCCUGUAGAGGCUUGGCUGUGUGAUGUGGAGAGAACCAUGCGCUGGACUCUUAAAGACCUCCUGAAGAACUGCCGUCUGGCUUUGAAAAAAAUGACAAGUAAAAGGGACAAAUGGGUGAAGGAAUGGCCUGGCCAGAUGCUUAUCACUUCCAGUCAGAUUCAGUGGACAGGUGAUGUUUCCAAGGCUUUGGUCACUGCUAAAGAACGAGGCGACAGAAAGUCACUGAAGAUUAUGAAGAAGAAACAGGUAUCCAUGCUGAAUACAUACUCUGAAGCCAUUAGAGGGAACUUGACUAAAAUCCUUCGACUGAAGAUUGUGGCCCUAGUGACAGUGGAGGUUCAUGCUCGAGAUGUUCUUGAAAAACUGUCAAAAACAAGUUCUGUGGAUAUUACAUCUUUUGAAUGGCUUAGCCAGCUCCGCCUCUACUGGGAUAAGGAAGUGGAUGAUUGUAUAAUUAGACAAACUAACACCCAUUUCCAAUAUGGAUAUGAAUACUUGGGAAACUCUGGACGACUAGUUAUUACUCCACUGACAGACAGGUGCUACAUGACUUUGACUACUGCUCUACAUUUGCACCGAGGUGGUUCUCCUAAAGGUCCUGCUGGGACAGGGAAAACAGAGACUGUAAAGGAUCUUGGGAAGGCUUUGGGAAUGUACGUCAUUGUUGUCAACUGCUCUGAGGGGCUAGACUACAAGUCUAUGGGGCGCAUGUAUUCUGGCCUUGCCCAGACUGGAGCAUGGGGAUGCUUCGAUGAGUUUAACAGAAUCAAUGUCGAGGUGCUGUCUGUCGUGGCUCAGCAGAUUCUUUCCAUCCUAUCUGCUCUGGCUGCCAGUGCUUCUCGCUUUGUUUUUGAGGGGCGUGAGAUCAACUUGGUCUGGUCAUGUGGCAUUUUCAUCACCAUGAACCCAGGUUAUGCUGGACGUACAGAAUUGCCUGAUAAUCUAAAGUCCAUGUUUCGCCCAAUCUCCAUGGUUGUGCCAGAUUCUACCCUUAUUGCGGAGAUCAUUCUCUUUGGUGAGGGAUUCAACAACUGCAAGGUUCUGGCCAAGAAAGUCUAUACCCUCUAUUCCCUGGCAGUGCAGCAGCUAUCCAAGCAGGAUCACUAUGACUUUGGUCUUCGAGCCCUUACCUCUCUUCUUCGCUAUGCAGGAAAGAAGCGGCGAGUUAAACCUGAUCUCUUUGAUGAGGAGGUACUCCUUAUGUCAAUGAAAGAUAUGAAUAUUGCCAAAUUGACCUCCAUUGAUCUGCCUCUGUUUACUGCAAUAGUUCAGGAUCUGUUUCCUGGAACUGAGACUCCGGUGAUUGAUUACGGAAAGUUGAAAGAAGCAGUUGAAGUGGAACUGAAACAGGCUGGGCUGCAGGUGACCCCCUUCAGCAUGACCAAAGUGAUCCAGCUGUAUGAGACAAAAAAUUCAAGGCAUUCCAGCAUGAUUGUAGGGAAGACAGGGAGUGGAAAAACUGUGAUGUGGCGUACGCUGCAAGCUGCUAUGUCAGCGCUUCACCGAAGUGGAGAUCCCAACUUUGCUCUAGUCAAAGAAUUUCCCUUGAAUCCAAAGGCAGUAACACUUGGAGAACUGUAUGGAGAGUAUGACCUUAACACCAAUGAAUGGACAGAUGGUGUGUUGUCCAGCCUUAUGAGGACUGCCUGUGCAGAUGAAAAAACUGAUGAGAAGUGGAUCCUGUUUGAUGGGCCAGUUGACACACUGUGGAUAGAGAGCAUGAACUCUGUCAUGGAUGAUAAUAAAGUGCUAACACUUAUUAAUGGUGAGCGUAUCUCAAUGCCUGAGCAGGUUUCUCUACUCUUUGAGGUAGAAGAUUUAGCAGUAGCCUCCCCUGCAACAGUAUCCCGUUGUGGAAUGGUCUAUGCAGACUAUACAGACCUUGGUUGGCAACCUUAUGUACAGUCGUGGCUUGAAAAACGUCCAAAGAGUGAAGUUGAACACCUCCAACGAGGAUUUGAUAAAUACAUUCCAAAGGUACUUAGCUUUAAGAAAGCUAAUUGCAAAGAGCUGGUGCCCAUAGCGGAAUUCAAUGGUAUAGUUUCUCUGUGCAAGCUGUAUGAGUCACUGGCUACUGUGGACAAUGGGGUGAAUCCCGUGGACACUGAAAAUUAUAGUCGCAUGGUAGAGAUGUGGUUCCUGUUCAGCAUGAUCUGGACAGUGUGUGCUGCAGUUGAUGAGGAUGGGAGGAAGAAGAUGGACAACUUUCUGAGAGAACUGGAAGGCACCUUUCCUAACAAGGACACCAUUUAUGAAUAUUUUGUGGACCCGAAGAACAAGACCUGGGCCUCCUUUGAAGAUAAACUACCUAAGGGGUGGCGCUUCCCAGUCAAUGCUCCAUUUUAUAAGAUUAUUGUGCCAACAGUGGAUACAGUACGUUACAACUUUCUGAUGGGUUCACUGGUGGCCAGUCAGUUUCCAGUGCUGCUCGUGGGUUCAGUUGGGACAGGAAAAACUUCAGUUGCUCAGAGUGUGUUACAAGCACUUGACACCAGCAAGAUGUCAGUUUUGACAAUCAACAUGUCUGCUCAGACCACUUCCAACAAUGUGCAAGACAUCAUUGAGAGCCGUGUGGAGAAGAGAACUAAGGGUGUCUAUGUUCCUGUUGGUGGAAAGAAACUCAUUACCUUCAUGGAUGACUUAAAUAUGCCAGCAAAGGAUACAUUUGGCUCCCAGCCUCCACUUGAGCUUAUUCGUCUCUGGGUUGACUAUGGAUUUUGGUAUGACAGACAAAAACAAACCAUCAAAUACAUCAAGGACAUGUUUCUGGUUGCAGCCAUGGGCCCACCUGGAGGUGGUAGGACUGUGAUCUCUGGACGCCUUCAGAGUCGAUUCAACCUCAUCAAUAUGACCUUCCCUACGGAGUCUCAGAUCAAACGAAUAUUUGGAACAAUGAUAAAUCAAAAGCUGCAAGAUUUUGAGGAGGAAGUAAAGCCUAUUGGUGAUGUUGUUACUCAAGCUACCAUUGAGGUGUACAAUGCUGUUGUCCAAAAAUUUCUGCCAACUCCUGCAAAGAUUCAUUACCUGUUCAACCUUAGGGACAUCUCCAAGGUUUUCCAGGGGAUGCUGCGAGCUCACAAAGACUUCCAUGAUACAAGGCAGAGUAUUACUCGUCUGUGGAUUCAUGAAUGUUUCAGAGUGUUUUCUGAUCGUCUGGUGGAUUCCCAUGACAAAGAGGCCCUUAUUGGAACCUUAAGUGAAAAACUAGGCCCCUUAUUCAAUGUGACAUUCCAUAGCAUCUGUCCAAACAAGCAGCCUCCUUUAUUUGGUGACUUUAUGAAUGAAUCAAGGGUGUAUGAAGACCUCACAGAUUUCAAAGUUCUAAAGACCUUUAUGGAGAACCAGUUGGAAGACUAUAACAUGACACCUGGUGCUGUCCCUAUGCACCUUGUACUCUUUCGUGAUGCCAUUGAACAUGUUGCUCGUGUUGUGCGUGUGAUUCGCCAGCCACGGGGUAAUAUGAUGCUUGUUGGUAUUGGAGGCAGUGGUCGACAGAGCUUGACUCUACUGGCUUCUUCCAUCUGCGAGUACAAAGUGUUCCGCAUUGAAGUUACCAAGCAUUACCGCAAGCAGGAAUUCAGAGAAGAUAUCAAAAAGUUGUAUCGUCAGACUGGUGUGGAAAAUGUGCCCACCACAUUUCUCUUUACGGAUACUCAGAUUGCAGAUGAAUCAUUUCUAGAGGAUAUAAAUAACAUCUUGAGUUCAGGUGAAGUUCCCAACCUGUAUAAAGCCGAUGAAUUUGAAGAGGUGCAGAAUUUGCUAUCAGAAGCAGCAAAAGCAGAAGGCAUUAUUGAAACACCAGAUAACAUGUUCAAUUACAUGAUAGAGAGAGUGCGCAACAACCUCCAUAUUGUUCUUUGUACAAGUCCUGUUGGUGAUCCAUUUAGGAAUAGAAUUCGCCAGUAUCCAGCCCUGGUUAACUGUACAACGAUUGACUGGUUUACAGAGUGGCCUAGAGAUGCUCUUCUGGAGGUUGCCCAGCGUUAUCUAGAAGGGAUGCAACUUGGGACUUUGGAAGGGAUCCAUGGGAAGGUUGCUCAUAUGUUUGUCACAAUGCAACGUUCAGUUGUCGAUUAUUCUAUGAAGAUGAAGCUGGAAUUAAGACGACACAACUACGUUACUCCUACCAACUACUUGGAGCUGGUAUCUGGAUAUAAACAGUUACUAGCAGAGAAGCGCAAGGAGCUUGGUGAACAGGUGAGCAAGUUGCAGAAUGGCCUCUUUAAAAUCGAUGAGACACGCAAGAAAGUGGAGGCUAUGUCAGUUGAGCUGGAAGAGUCAAAAAAGAAAGUGGCGGAGAUCCAAAAGCAAUGUGAAGAAUAUUUGGUAACUAUUGUACAGCAGAAACGGGAGGCAGAUGAACAGCAAAAGACUGUGGCUGCAAACAGUGAAAAAAUAGCAUCUGAGGAGAUCAAAUGUAAAGCAAUGGCAGAAAAUGCCCAGAAAGAUGUGGAGGAGGCCUUACCAGCCCUCGAGGAAGCUGUGAAGGCUUUAGAGUCUUUAAACAAGAAGGAUAUGACAGAAAUUAAAUCCUAUGGCCGCCCUCCUGUGCUCGUUGAAACAGUUAUGCAGGCUGUUAUGAUCCUGCGAGGAAAUGAACCAACUUGGGCUGAAGCCAAGAGACAGCUGGGUGAACAAAACUUUAUUAAACAGCUGGUUAACUUUGAUAAAGACAACAUUUCAGAUAAGGUGCUGAAGAAAAUUGGGCAGUACUGUGCACAACCUGAUUUUCAACCAGAAAUUAUUGGGCGGGUUUCUCUUGCUGCAAAAUCUCUUUGCAUGUGGGUUCGUGCUAUGGAGGUAUAUGGCAGGAUUUUCCGUGUGGUAGAACCUAAAAGAGCACGCUUGAAUGCUGCCAUGGCACAACUAACAGAGAAACAGACAGCACUUGCUGAAGCUCAGGCAAAAUUACGUGAGGUUGGUGAGAAACUAGAAAUGCUUAAGAAAAAUUACGAUGAAAAACUUGCUCAGAAGGAAGAGCUACGGAAGAGAGCUGAGGAAAUGGAAGUCAAACUGGACAGAGCUGCAAAACUUGUAUCGGGACUUGCUGGAGAGAGAAUCCGUUGGGAAGAAACAGUAAAGGGCUUGGAGGAAGAUAUGGAAUACCUAGUAGGAGACUGUUUGCUGGCAGCUGCAUUCCUUUCAUACAUGGGACCAUUUUUGUCCAGCUAUCGUGAUGAGAUUGUCUCCCAUAUCUGGAUGAAAGAGAUGAAAGAACUGGCUUUGCUGUAUUCUCCAGAAUUUUCUUUUUCUGAUUUCCUCUCUAAACCAACUGUUGUCAGAGACUGGAACAUCCAGGGCUUGCCUUCUGAUGCGUUCUCCACUGAAAAUGGAGUGAUUGUUACUCGGGGUAACAGAUGGCCUCUAAUGAUAGAUCCUCAGGGUCAGGCACUGAAGUGGAUCAAAAAUAUGGAAGGUUCCAAGGGCUUAAAAAUUAUUGAUUUGCAGAUGCAUGACUUUAUGCGGACACUGGAAAAUGCCGUGCAGUUUGGGUCUCCUGUGUUGCUUCAGAAUGUGCAAGAAGAGCUUGAUCCCUCUCUGACUCCAAUACUCAACAAGUCUGUUACCAAAAUAGGUGGGCGUCUGAUGAUACGACUUAGUGAUAAAGAGGUCGAGUACAGCCCAGAUUUCCGUUUCUACAUUACUACCAAGCUGUCAAACCCACAUUAUACCCCAGAAAUCUCCACUAAAACCACAAUCGUCAACUUUGCUGUUAAGGAGCAGGGCUUAGAGGCCCAGCUUUUAGGGAUUGUAGUAAGAAGAGAAAGGCCGGAAUUGGAGGAGCAGAAGGAUUCUCUGGUGAUAAACAUUGCGGCUGGCAAGAAAAAGCUUCAGGAAUUGGAAGAUGAAAUUCUAAGGUUACUGAAUGAGGCAACUGGUUCCCUUCUGGAUGAUGUCCAGCUGGUAAACACACUGCAGACAUCAAAAGUUACAGCUACAGAAGUAUCAGAACAACUGCAGAUCAGUGAACAGACAGAGACCAAGAUUGACAUGGCUCGUGAGGCAUACCGACCUUGUGCACAGCGGGCAUCCAUCUUGUUCUUUGUUCUAAAUGACAUGGGUAGGAUUGACCCCAUGUACCAAUUCUCCCUUGAUGCCUAUAUUACUCUUUUUAACUUGAGUAUUGAGAAAAGUCAGCGGAGUUCAAAGCUGGAAGAGCGUAUCACAAACUUGAAUGAUUACCACACCUAUGCUGUCUACAGGUAUACAUGCCGAGGUCUCUUUGAACGUCACAAGCUGCUUUUCAGUUUUCAGAUGUGUGCCAAAAUCUUAGAAGUGGCUGGAAAGCUGAACAUGGAUGAAUACAACUUCUUCUUGAGAGGUGGAGUGGUUCUGGAUCGAGAGGGGCAGAUGGACAACCCUUGCUCCAGCUGGCUAGCAGAUAUCAACUGGGAUAACAUAACAGAACUGGACAAGUUAACCAACUUCCAUGGGAUCAUGAAUUCAUUUGAGCAGUAUCCAAGAGACUGGAAUAUUUGGUAUACAUGCUCAGAGCCAGAGAAUUCUACUUUACCAGGUGAAUGGGAGAAUGCAUGCAAUGAACUGCAACGGAUGCUACUGAUCCGCUCCCUGAGGCAAGACCGAGUUGCUGUCUGUGUGACGUCCUUUAUUGUCAACAACUUAGGAUCAAAGUUUGUGGAGCCACCUGUGCUGGACAUGAAAUCAGUUGUUGAGGACUCCACAACAAGAACACCUCUAAUUUUUGUGCUGUCUUCAGGUGUGGACCCUACCAGUGGCCUUCUUCAGCUUGCAGAACAGUCGGGUAUGGCAAACCGGUUCCAUGCACUGUCCCUGGGUCAGGGGCAGGCUCCCAUUGCAACCAGAAUGAUUAAGGAAGGUGUUAAAGAUGGUAACUGGGUGUUCCUGGCAAAUUGUCACCUCUCUCUUUCCUGGAUGCCUCAGCUUGAUAAGCUUGUUGAGCAGCUGCAAGUGGAGGAACCUCACCCCGACUUCCGACUGUGGCUGAGCUCUAGUCCACACCCUGAGUUUCCUAUUUCCAUUCUCCAAGCUGGCAUCAAGAUGACCACAGAACCCCCAAAGGGACUGAAAGCAAACAUGAAGCGACUAUAUCAGCUGAUCACGGAACCCCAGUUUAACCACUGCACCAAGCCCCAAAAGUAUCGGAAGUUGCUCUUUGGACUCUGCUUCUUCCAUAGCAUUUUGCUGGAACGUAAGAAGUUUAGACAGCUUGGCUGGAACAUCAUUUAUGGCUUUAAUGACUCUGAUUUUGAGGUAUCUGAAAACCUUCUAAGCUUGUACCUCGAUGAAUAUGAGGAUACCCCAUGGGAUGCCCUCAAAUACCUCAUUGCAGGUGUAAACUAUGGCGGUCACGUGACGGACGACUGGGACCGCAGACUUCUCACUACCUACAUUAACGAUUACUUCUGUGAGGCAGCAGUUAACACACCAUUUUGCAAACUUUCAGCCUUGGACACGUACUACAUUCCUAAAGAUGGUGACCUUCAUUCUUACAAAGAGUACAUCAGUAUGCUUCCCACUAUGGAUCACCCAGAAGCCUUUGGGCAGCAUCCUAAUGCUGACAUUGCCAGUCAGAUCAAUGAAGCACGCACUUUGUUUGAGACAUUGCUUUCUCUCCAGCCACAGAUAACACCAGCAAGUAGUGGUGGGCAGAGCCGUGAGGAGAAGGUUUUGGAACUGUCUGCAGAUGUCCUAGAGAAGAUUCCUGAUGAGAUUGACUAUGAAGGAACAAGAAAAGUCCUGGCAGAUGAUCCAUCACCACUUAAUGUAGUGUUGCUGCAGGAAAUUCAGCGUUAUAAUGCACUGCUGCAGACCAUCAGAUCUUCCCUAGUGGAACUCGAAAAAGGAAUCCAGGGUCUAGUAGUCAUGUCAACCAGUCUAGAGGAAACAUUUAGCUGCAUUUAUGAUGCCCGAGUACCGCCAAUGUGGGAGAAGGCCUAUCCUUCACGGAAGCCCCUAGCAGCUUGGACUCGGGACCUGGUACAACGUGUGGAGCAGUUUGCUAAGUGGGCUGAGACAGCUCACCCUCCUGUAAUAUUCUGGCUUUCAGGGUUCACUUUCCCAACAGGAUUUCUAACUGCUGUCCUACAAGCUGCUGCUCGCCAGAACAGUAUUUCUAUUGACAGUUUAUCCUGGGAAUUUAUUGUUUCCACUGUGGAUGAUAACAACUUAAUAUAUGCACCUAAGGAUGGUGUCUGGGUGAAAGGCCUGUUUCUGGAGGGAGCAGGCUGGGAUAAGAAGAAUUCUUUCUUGGUAGAAGCUGAACCGAUGCAGUUGGUCUGUCCUAUACCCACAAUCCAUUUUAAGCCAGUUGAAAACAAGAAGAAAAGUGGCAAAGGUAUGUACUCCUGCCCUUGCUAUUAUUUCCCAGAUCGGGCUGGCACAACUGGCAGAGCUUCCUUCGUGGUUGGUGUGGAUCUCAAGUCUGGUCUUAUGCCACCAGACCACUGGAUUAAGCGAGGAACAGCACUGUUGAUGAGUCUUGAUAACUGAAGUUUUCAUCACAAAAUAAGUGUAGCAUCCUGAUCAUAACUUAGACUUCAUUUCUAGUACCAUUCAGAUUAACACAGGUGUACACCAAAAAUUUACUUCCUUUAAUGUGCACUUCCUUGGAAAUUAAGCACAUUUGAAAUAAAUGUUCUUCAUUUUUGUUGGCUGUUAAAGUUUAACUAAUUUUAUUUGUGAAAUGACCAGUCCUUCAUGUACCAUAAAUAUAACUUUAGUUAUGUCUUUUAAUAAGAAUAUGUUAUAUAUUCGUUGAGGGUAACAUUUGUUUAUGGUGCUAACAAUGUUUAACUUUCUGCACCGGUGUUAAGUAUUCAAAAUUUAUCAUAUACCUUUCCAUGAACAUGUGAGCCAAACACGGCAUUUAUUUUUCAAUAAGAUUCAAGUACACUGUCAACAUUUUAUAAUCCCUACCCUCUAUAUGCCAGUUUCCCAACUUUUGUGUGCUACUCAGUCCCCUACAUCUCAUUAUCACCCAAUACAUUUAAUUUACCUAUUCUCCUAUCCUGUUCUGUAUCCUAGCCUUAGUUCAGUGCACAUCCAACUUCUGUCACUAUUUUACUUCAUUAUAAGAAAUACUCCUGCCCACCUCAUAGAGAUACAUUAUGCCCCAAAUCCUUUUCCUUCACUAGCUCAUUGCAUUGCAUACCCAAGUCCACCAUAUGCUAAUUACAGUAGUGCCUUACACCCGUCACUGCACUGCACUGCACUGCACAACCAGUUCAUCUGCCUCUGUCACUGCAAUGCACAUCUGAGUCCUUUCUGUCUCUUUGUGUAUAUACAAAUACUCAGUACCUCUUACUAGGCAGAUAUUUUCUGUAGUUCAGUGCACUCCACAUCCAAGUUUACUAUCCCUUUCACUGCACUGUGUAUAUACUGCUGUCUGUUACCUAGAUUACUGCAUUAUACACCUGAGUCUGUUACCAAGCUGUUUGGACACUGCACAUCUAAACUUUUUAAUUUCUCUUGCAUUGUAUAUUGUAUUACAGACUCAGUCCCCUAUUCUUAUAGCUCUAUUCUCCUAAGUGUACUUACAAUUCAUUGCACAGUAUCCAUGAAUCUGCUUUCCUGCAGCUUUUGUCCUUGACACUUCUAUGAGUUAUCAAGCUCACUUUCUGUGUAUAUAACACAUUUGUUUCUGACUGUUGUACACCUGCCCCUCUCACAGUUUCUUUACCUGUCUUAUUCAAUAAAUUUUCUCAACACUUUGCUCUAUAACUUAAACUGCUUUCACUCUAGUGUCUCUCUGAGGCUAUGUUCAGUGCCAAUAACCUAAACUUCCCUCCUAAGUUUCAAAUUACAUUGUGCACCAAAAGCACAACACUGCUGUAGUGUUGUGCACAGAUCAGCCCUUAAAUGUAUAUUAAUCUUGCAGACUAGAUUACUUAACUUCUCACUGGUUGUCAUAUCUGAACAUUUAUAAUACUAUCCUCUUGUACACUUAAGUUCCGGUUGGGAAUCUCACUGCAUAUUUAUAGCUGACUCCACUGCAUUGGCUGAAAGACCCACCCACUUCUCACUGAUGCAUAUAUUGCAGCAUUUGCCCACUCUUCACUUCAGUGCUGUGUUACUUCUUGCUUACUUUUCACAGUGUAGGAAUCCUUUUCACCUUAUAGUACUCUGCAUCCAAGUUCCUUAAAACCUCACAGACAUUUACAUCUGCAGCCCCCUUCCCUUUUUACUACUGCCUAAGCCUAAGUCCUCUCCACAGUUUAAUGUACUGUAUACUUUUAUUCCCCUCCCCACAUUACUGUGUAAGCCUAAGUCCUCUCCUCAUUUCUAUGUACUGUAUACUUCAUUCCCCUCCCUACUUCACUGCUGCUGUGUACACCUAAGUGAUUGUCAUAUGUUAUUGCUCUGUAUGAGAAGCCUUUCAUCCUUACACUACCUCACUUCAUACCUCUCAACCUCUUAGAGCAAGAAAUCUGGACAAAGCCAUAUAUAUAAAAGUGGGACAAAGACCCAA